ACCUGAGUCGGUUCCGAAGUCUUUGUUCCCAGUGUCAGCCAUCAACACUUCAACUUUUAAAUGAUUCCCUAGUUUAUUAAUAAACACCAUUUAUUAAAAGAAAGCGGCAGACUGAACGUGUUUCCAUCUUCAUCUCUACUUGGGAACCAAACGGCCACCGGAUCUUGUUCUGCCGGAAGGUAUUUAGAGACCCACAUAAUACCGCCGUUUCCUUGACAACGAGAUUCCUUUGUUGAUCACCAAACGGCUCGCACAAACAGGUUUGUUCAGGAAUUGAGUCUGGACCGGUUCGUAUGGAGGAGGAACUGAUCGCUGCGUCAUGGUGGGUCAGCUGAUUUCCCGACCAGAACCAGCGGAGUUCGCUCCUCAGCAGCAGAGGCGGCUUUCGACACGCUGAUUGGCUGCAUCCUGGAGAUCGUCAUGGAGGAGAACUUCCAGCUGGUCCAGCGCACCUUCUUGGACCGACACUACCUGGAGUUUGAGGAUUCUGAUGAGAACAAGCUGAGCUACACUCUGAUCUUCAACGAAUAUGUGGAGCUGCUGGAGAAACCUCUGGAGAAAUAUCUGAUGGAGAAGAUCCCCGGCUUCAACAUGGCCAGCUUCACACAGCUGCUGAUGCAGCACAAAGAAGAAGUCCCAGACGACAUCUUUGACAUGCUGCUCACCUUCACCGACUUCAUGGCCUUCAAGGAGAUGUUUGUGGAGUACCGAGCGGUGAGUGCAGCGGCGCCGACCCGAGCAGAUCGACACGCUGCCAGCCUCUCCUUUGCUUCCUGUGUUUUCAGGCUAAAGAGGGUCGAGGUUUGGACCAGAGUCAGGAUCUGCUGGUGACUCCACUGAACCCGGCAGGUUCUGCUGGACACCAGUAAACCCACCAGAACCACCAGAACCUCCAGAACCUGCUUGGGCCUCAUAUUGGAGCUGCUGCUUUGAGUCUGACAGAAACUCUGACCUGAUUCAAGACUGAGAACUCACUGAGGAAUGGAUGAAUGGAUGAAUUAACGUAUGGAUGGAUGAAUGAAUGGAUGAAUGAAUG